GUUCUUCUCACUCUACCAUUCACAUCAGUCAUCAGAAGAAGUCUACUGUUUCUUCUUUUCUCUGUCUUCUUGAAAGACAUUUCCUUAUCUCUCUUUUUCAACUGUUCUGAAACUUCUUCAGAAAAUAUCGAAAACAGAGCUUCUUCUGUUUUGUUCUGUUUAGCAAUGGAAGCUAUAUCUCAUCUUACAGUCCAGAAACAAAAACUAGAAACAACAACUGAUUCACCAAAACCCACUAAGAAAAGCUUUGUUUCAACACUAAUGGAGGUUGCUACACUUCGUUCUCCAUCAUUCAAAGAAGAUACUUAUCUUCUUUCAAAUCUCAAGAACAUUGAGAAGAAAGCGUUGCAAGAGCUUAAAGAUAAAUUAUCCGUUUCUCAUUCGUCUGAAUCAAUGUGGGGUAUUCAUCUUCUAGGUGGUGAUGAAAGAGCUGAUGUGAUUUUGCUGAAAUUUUUAAGAGCAAGAGAUUUCAAAGUAUCUGAUUCGUUUUCAAUGUUGCAGAAAUGUUUAGGUUGGAGAAAAGAAUUUGGUACUGAGAAUAUAAUGGAUGAGGAUUUAGGGUUUAAAGAACUUGAAGAAGUAGUUGCUUAUAUGCAUGGUUAUGAUAGAGAUGGCCAUCCUGUUUGUUAUAAUGCUUAUGGUGUUUUCAAAGAUAAAGAAAUGUAUGAAAGGAUUUUUGGUGAUGAAGAAAAACUUAAAAUGUUUUUGAAAUGGAGAGUUCAGGUUUUAGAGAAAGGUAUUAAUCUUCUUCAUUUCAAACCUGGUGGUGUUAAUUCCAUUAUUCAAGUUACUGAUCUUAAAGAUAUGCCUAAGAGAGAACUUAGAGUUGCUUCAAAUCAGAUUCUCUCUUUGUUUCAAGAUAAUUACCCUGAAAUGGUUGCCAGAAAGGUAUUUAUCAAUGUUCCAUGGUACUUCAGUAUGUUAUAUUCAAUGUUUAGUCCUUUUCUCACACAAAGGACUAAGAGCAAGUUUGUAAUUGCUAGAGAAAACAAAGUUGCUGAAACCCUUUACAAGUUUAUCAGGCCUGAAAAUGUGCCAGUUCAGUAUGGGGGACUGAGUCGACCAGGUGAUUCACCAAACGGUCCACCAAAACCAGCUUCUGAAUUCACUAUCAAAGGUGGAGAGAAAGUCAAUUUAGAGAUUGAUGGCAUUGAGGCUGGUGCAACCAUAACCUGGGAUUUAGUGGUGGGAGGUUGGGAUUUAGAGUACAGUGCUGAAUUUGUACCAAGUGUUGAAGGAAGCUACACAAUUGCAAUUCAGAAGCCGAAAUGGAUUGCAGCAUCCGGAGAACCAAUUCACAAUACAUUCACUUCGAAAGAACAUGGUAAGAUGGUUCUCUCAGUUAAUAACACAAUUUCUCGGAAAAGAAAGGUUGCUGCUUACCGAUACUAUGUUCGCAAACCCACUUCUUUAGCGUAAGUGAUAAUAGCUUUGGUCUAAUUGAGUGGGCAGUAUUGAAGGAAAAUCGUCUAAUAACUAUUGAUUUUGGUUGGUGAUAAUAUAUAUGGUUUGGUAUGUAAAGGUGUUGUUAACUAGUACUUAAAAGUAUUUAGUAAUGAGAAUUGUAGGUUAACUUUGAUAUCAGUACUUUGUUUAAGCAGUCAAGAUGGAGAAUGUUGUAAUUUUGUUAUUUGUUCUUGUUGAUCUGGUGUGGUGUAUGGUUUGAUAACUUGAUGAUAUAGUAUUUACUUUUAAUUCGAUGUAAUUUGCUUGAGUUAUAUUUUGAUGAAAUGAGUUCAUCGUUGUUCU